UGACAUUUAUAAUUUCAGGCUGAAGAUCUGCGCUCUUUUUUGUUUAUUUGCGUUAGAUAUAUUUUUCGUGAUGAUUUUUUGUCUGGAGAGCUGAGAUCUUCUGAAAGGUGGUCGCUUUUAUUGGCAUGAGCUCUGCAAUGUAACUCCUGACGGGGAAUCGUGGAUGAUGAACUAAUGUCUCAAGUCCAGAAAAUCGGAAGAAUGUAGCUGCGCUUCGCCAAAUAAACCGUGACUUCCGCAUUUUUAGGUUUAAUCGGCGGAAAACAUCUGACACGUUUGGGAGAAUUCUGCCUGUAAAACUGACCUACGACUUGGAAAGGGUUUUAUUUGCUGGAGCGACUUGAAUUCUCAGGUUCGGGAAGUCAUCUUUUCUGGAGCAUUUUUUAUUCAUCAAUUCUGUUGAAGGGGGACAUUUGUCAGUCAUUCCAGUUCUGAACACUCUGAAAUGACAUCGUUUUUGGAGAAAGGAGGUUUCCUCGACCAUUGUUUGGACAGCUUGAACUGCUUACCCUCUGAAAUACACCGAAGUUUUGCUUUACUUACGGAUCUGGAGAAAAGAGCAACCCAGGCAAUGACAACGAUUAAGACGAAUGAAGCUGCAUUGAAGGAAAAAAUUUCUUCGAUUACCGGGGAAGAGAAGAAGCGAUUGAUGGACGAAAUACUGCUCUUGUAUCGGGAAGUGCAUGUUCUUAGCGAGGAGAAGGUGCAACUUUCUAAGCAAUCGUAUGAACUCGUUGACAAACAUAUCCGGAAGUUGGACAAGGAAAUCACGGACUUCGAUAGAGAAGUCAUCGAAAAAUGCGGGUCGUUGGCUGUCUUCGCAGGCUUGAAUCCUGAAGAAGACUUGAAACCUGGUAACAAGGGAUCGAAGCCAGCCCAAGGUCCCCUUUCCCCGUCAGGAGAUGCCAAGAAACGCGGAAGGAAAAGAAAAAUAGUUUCCACUGAACCCCAAACCCCACCGAAAACUAAUGAAGGACCCGCCACGUUUUCCUCUCCCAUGUCGAUGUUGCGAACCAUUGCCUCAGAGGGUGGUCUUGACAUGCCUGUGGAUCCCAACGAACCCCUUUAUUGCAUCUGCAACCAAGUUUCUUACGGGGAAAUGAUCGGUUGUGACAAUGUUGAAUGCUCGAUCGAAUGGUUCCAUUUUCCUUGCAUGAAUCUGACAGCAAAGCCGAAAGGAAAGUGGUGGUGCGCGCAAUGCGCUCCCAAAUAUGAUCCGAAUUACAAGAAACCUGCGUCUGAUCAGCAUUGAAUUUGAAAUCUCAUUUUCUGACGUGUAAUGCCGCGAACGUUUGUAUACGUAAUACAUUUUUUUAACGUUG